UAAAAGAUUAUACAGGAUUAGUUUUCUUCUAUGAGGAGUAAAUUAAAUUAAACUGUUUCACUAAAACCUAUGGAUCUGGCCUAGCUGAUCGCGAGUAAAAGACUACACCAAAAACAGAGGAACCAAUAUAGGAGGAUGCCAGGGGUAGAAGUCACUGGUUGACUAAAGAUUUUUGCUCUAAAUUAUAUUUGCUUAGCGGUAAUGGUUGGAAGCUUUCUAGUUUCGCGCAAGAUUACAUAAAAAUGGAGAGCCUUUCAAGGUGGAUGAAUAAAGAGAUACCACUGGUUAAACAAACGGGGGGGCUUUGCUUUAGUGAUGCUAUGUUAUAAAUGAAUAAAAACUGCAGAGAAGAGUUACUACUCCUCCGUAAGCGUCAUAUUAAAGUGGUGUAGUAUCGUUGAGUGAUCUGCAGAGAGUAAACAAAUUACACGGCGCAAAUUCCCCUUUUAUUAAAUAUUAUUUCUUUCUUCCACUUAUGUCUUCACCAAAGAAAAGAAUAGAAACCGACGUAAUGAAGCUCAUGAUGGCAGACCACGAUGUUAGUUUGGUUAACGACAACAUGAUGGAAUUCUAUGUUAAAUUUUUGGGACCUAAAGACACUCCUUAUGAAGAUGGUUGCUGGAAAGUUCGCUGCCAGCUAUCGGAGGGCUACCCCUAUCAGUCUCCUUCUAUCGGCUUCGUAAAUAAAAUCUUUCAUCCAAAUAUAGACGAGAUGUCCGGCUCUGUUUGUCUUGAUGUUAUCAAUCAAACUUGGAGCCCCAUGUUCGAUUUAUUAAACAUUUUUGAUACUUUUCUUCCCCAACUUUUGAUGUAUCCAAAUCCUACGGAUCCUUUAAACGGCGAGGCGGCUUCCCUGCUCAUGCGGGAACCGGAACAGUAUAAAGCAAAAAUCAAAGAAUACGUUCGAAAAUUUGCCACCAGGGAGGCAUUGCUGGUGGCUGAAAAAAAUCUUGCCGUCGCUAAAUCUGAAGGAUCUUCUAGUGAAAGUGAACUUAGCGAAGAAUACUCGAUAGAAUCUUCCAGUUCUGAUUCUUAAAAAGUUGUAUAACGCGGAUAUUGCCACUAAAAAGAUUAUUAUUGUCGUAU